AUGUCCCGCAGCCGCGUCAAAAAUAUUGCCUACGACGACGAUGACUUCGGCAGCGCCUCCCACGACAACGGUGCCGACUACGAUAACGACGACGACGACAACAACAACAACAACAAUCAUGGCGGUAACGACAUGACCCCCGAAGACCGCGAGCAGAUGCAGCUGGGUACGAUACAGGUACGCGAGCAGCUAGAUGCAGAUUCCCCGCUCGUCCCGGCCUCCGACGCGGAGAUCUGGGAGGCGCUCUGGUAUUAUUAUUAUGAUGUUGAGAAGGCCGUGGGGUGGUUGCGGAAGAAAUAUGCGCCCAAGACGCCGAAGAAAGAGAAACCCCAGGCGAAGGUUAAGGGAACCGCUCCAUCAUUAUCUCCAUAUCCCAUCACAUCGUGUCCAGAAUCCUUCUCCGCAGCCGACUUCUUCAAGGACUCGCCAUGGCUGGACAUCCCCGCACACCGCAAAGCUGAUAUCCUUGUUGAACAUCUCUAUCCCCGCCUGGGCCUGCUCGGCGGUGCGCAAGAGACAUCGGGGAAGGUGUCGAAACUUGCCGCACUAGCUGCGCGCAAGAGGAAGGAUAACGAGAAGAAGGCUGCGGCGGCAGCUGGCAGUGAAGCAUCCUCAAUGGUAUCGGAUGACCAGCGAAAGUCCCCUAUCUCGCUACUAGAUAGGCUAGCGGUCGGUGGGAAAUCGCAGGGCACCUUGUCGGCCCGGACGGCCCGUUUACCGUUGCGGAGUGGAAAGGGGGCUUUGAACAGGUCGCCCAAGCAGCCGCUCCCCACUAGCCCUGAUCUUCCUGGCAUGUUGGAAUCUGCCACGCCACCUGACGCGCUCCCAAAUGGGAAGAGGAAGGCCGCACCAGCAUUGUCUGCGGAUUCCACGGAACGGGAAGAAGAACGCCCUUCGAAGCUGCCCAACCUACGAGCGGAGCCUUCAGCCUUUGCUAUGGUCCUUGUCGGCGCGCGAGAAGUUGGAGGAGGAGAGGACCACGAUGACGUCCCUAUACGCAAACCAAUCUCACAUAAUAUCGACGUCAUGCGGUUUUUCGGUCAGAGUCUUAUUAACGCGUUUGAUUUUUCAGAACCGAGUCCGGACGAUGUUGUUAUGAAGGCGCGGGAGCCAGCUAAAGGCAAUAAAAAUAAAACGAAACGUACCGCUGCGAGUAAAUCGUCGCCAAGCAAAACUGAUGAUGUGACGGAUGCCGUUGGGCAGCUGUCUGUGCAGGAGACGGUGAAGGUCAAGAGCAAGAAUAUCGAUGUGCUGGCUGAAUAUAGCAAGUCGGAUAAGAAGAAGGCUGCUAAUUUUGUUGUCAUCGGCCAUGUUGAUGCAGGGAAAAGUACAUUGAUGGGACGAUUGCUUUAUGAACUAAAAGCCGUUGACCAGCGGACUAUUGAUAAAUACAAAAAGGAUGCCGAUAAAAUGGGCAAGGGCUCGUUUGCGCUGGCUUGGGUCCUGGAUCAGGGAUCAGAAGAACGGGCGCGCGGGGUCACGAUCGAUAUAGCUACGAAUCAAUUCGCGACGGAAAAUACCAACUUCACUAUCUUGGAUGCGCCGGGUCAUCGCGACUUCGUACCCAACAUGAUUGCUGGGGCCAGUCAAGCUGACUUCGCAGUACUGGUCCUUGAUGCUACGACUGGAAACUUCGAAUCGGGCCUUCGGGGCCAGACAAAGGAGCACGCGCUGCUCGCCCGAAGCAUGGGCGUACAAAAGAUAGUCGUGGCAGUGAACAAGAUGGAUGCAGCCGAAUGGUCCCAAGGCCGCUUCGACGAGAUCCAACAACAGAUCUCCUCUUUCCUAACCACAGCCGGCUUCCAGGAGAAAAACAUAUCCUUUGUCCCCUGCUCGGGGCUACGCGGCGACAACGUCGCCCAGCGCGCCCAGGACAAGAACGCAAGCUGGUACACCGGCAGGACGCUAAUCGAAGAACUUGACACCUCAGAACCCUACACGUACGCGCUUGACAAGCCGCUACGCAUGACCAUCGCCGACGUCUUUCGCGGCGGUGUGCAGAACCCGCUCUCCAUCUCCGGCCGCCUAGACGCCGGCCACCUGCAGGUCGGCGACCAACUUGUCACCAUGCCCAGCGGAGAAAAGUGCACGAUCCGGAGCCUGGAGGUCGACCAGACACCCAGCGAUUGGUGCGUAGCGGGGCAGAACGUAACCCUGCACCUAACAGAUAUCGAUCCUAUACAUCUGCGGAUCGGAGAUAUCCUGUGUAGUCCGUCCGCGCCGGUGAAGAACAUCACCUCGUUCACGGCGAAGGUGCUGGCGUUUGAUCAUCUGACGCCGAUGCAUAUUGACGUGCACCGGGGCCGGUUGCAUGUGCCCGGGCGCAUUAGUCGACUGGUUGCGCUGCUGGAUAAGGGGAGCGGGAUGGCAGUGAAGAAGCGGCCGAAGAUUGUGGGGCCGGGAAGUGUUGCGAGGGUCGUCGUGGAGAUGGAGGCGGCGAUUCCGCUGGAGGCGCCUGGGAGGGUUGUGCUUAGGGCUGGGGGGGAGACGGUUGCGGCGGGGUUGUUGGAGUGA